UAAAAUUGACAAUAUCAUUGUGAGGAGCGCACUAAAAAAGGGGCGACGGUCCGCUACGCUGAAGUAAAGGGAUGUCUACAGUGGGAGAGGAAGAAGAAGAAGGGGGAGGGUACCACUUUGUCACAGGCUGCUAUGUAGAUUAACCUUUCAAUUAGUUGUUAUCAGGUCCUCUCCAUGUCUCGGCGAGAGCUUUCCAGCCUUCGCUUUUAACACGUCCAAAAAAAAAAAAAAAAAAAAAAAAAAAAAAAAAAUCCCACGAAAUUGCUCGGAUACGUCGCUUCGCAUUUUACCCCAUUCGACGUGAUAAAGAAGAGGAGUACCCGAAAGAGAGGGGGGAAAACUUGAAGAGAUUUGAUCUCGGAUUUUAAUACAGACCUAUUCCAGGUCAUGUGAUACCUACACCAGUGUGGAAUUUACUCGUGCCAACUUUUCCUCAAGCUCACCCUUGGAACCUGAGGACAUAUUUCUGGAUGCUUUUGUGGAACCUAACUUCCUGACCUUUUACCUAAGGAUGUGGAUGUACCUCGCUUUCGGCUGCAGAAAGAGGGAAUCUUUAUGGAUCACGUUUCUGUGAGGCUUAUUGUUCAACCAUGGUAAAACUUGCAAACCCUCUCUACACGGAGUGGAUUCUCGAAGCAAUACAGAAAAUUAAGAGGCAAAAGCAGAGGCCUUCUGAGGAGCGAAUUUGUCAUGCGGUGUCCACGUUGCAUGGACUGGACAAGAAGAUCGUCCUUGAGCAGUUGGAAUUAAGUGUUCAUGAUGGCUCUGUCCUUAAGGUUACAAAUAAAGGAAGCGCCUCCUACAAGGACCCAGGAAACCCUGGAAGAAUCGGAUCAAUAUUGCCUGCAAAUGCACCUUUGCCGUCAAAGGAAUCUAUAUGGAAUUCAAGUGAUCUGCGCCAUAUCGAUUGGAAUAAAAUACUCAGGAGGGCCAUCGAGGGUCUGGAUGAUACCCAUGGCUCCUCACUUAAGAACAUUGAGCGAUAUCUGAGGAAUCAGGACGAUCUGUCAGAAGUUGUUGAUAAUUCCGCUUUCCGUCAGAGGUUGCGGCUAGCCGCUAAGCGGUCAGUCAACAAUGGCAGGCUGUUAAAAAACGGCCCUCGGUAUAAACUCAGCCAUGGCAGCAUGGAGGGAAGGAACCCCAGGUGUCCAAGUGCUUCCCCCUUGGUCCUGUCAUCAGUGACACUCCUCCCUCAUGAGCGCGAGCAGCUCCGGGUCGACCCCAUCCCAAUAUGCAGUUUCUGUCUCGGGACAAAGGAGUCAAAUCGGGACAAGCGGCCGGAAGAGCUGCUGUCCUGUGCAGACUGUGGAAGCAGUGGGCAUCCAUCAUGUCUAAAGUUCUCCCCUGAGCUGACCUCAAAUGUAAAGAGAUUACGGUGGCAGUGCAUUGAAUGCAAAACCUGCAGCUCCUGUCGAAUACAGGGGAAAAAUGCUGACGAGAUGCUUUUCUGCGAUUCGUGCGAUCGGGGCUUUCACAUGGAAUGCUGCGAUCCGCCACUUUCAAGAAUGCCAAAAGGAACCUGGAUCUGCCAAGUGUGCAGGCCGAAGGAGAACGGCAAAAAGCUGCUGCACAGGAAGGCUGACGAGAUCAAACGCCGAUAUGCAAAGCCGAUUGGACGACCGAAAAAUAAGCUCAAACAAAGAAUGUCUGUAACCAGUGGUGAUGGCUCCAUGGUAGCACUUGGAGGAAGGGGGUCACCUGGUAGGGGUCAAAAGAUUACCGUCUGUUCCACACCUUCAUCUGGUCAUGCUGCAUCUGUGAAGGACGCCAGAGACAGAUUGACUGUCGCAGAGCCUUGUUGUGCGGUCAACGCCUCCCAAUUCACCCCCUCCCCUCCCACAACCACCACUCCCUCCCUCACGCCCACCUCCACCCCAGCCACACUCACUGUUAACAAGAAAACCAAAGGGCUUAUUGAUGGGCUUUCCAAAUUCUUUACUCCUUCCCCUGUGGGCCGUCGCACGCGAGCCGUAGCCAUAGAGUUGAGCUCUAGAAACAAGGGCACGCCCAAGCUGUCCCAGCGUCCAGAACCGUUCGCCUUUGCUGCUGAUGCCCCUCAUAAGAUAACCCCGACAUCCUCUGCACUUCCUGCCACUUCCACGUCAUCAGGACUUAGCUCCCCCCCGCAGGUGUCCAGCAGCUCCACCUCGGCGAACUCGCCUCAGAGCUCUUCCAGCCAGUCUAGUGUUCCUUCCCUGGGUAGUCUCUGCAGUAGCAGCCAACUGAAGGGACUCUUUGAUGGACUCUCUCAUAUUUACACGACUCAGGGACAGUCGCGGAAAAAGAGACUACCGUGCUACGCACCACCUAAGCGCAGGCCCUAUAAGCAGGACUUGUCCCAGUGCCUUGGAAAGAACGAGUUUAGCAAAAAUAGGUUCCACUCCACCUCGGCAGGGUCUGGCCGACUCAGAGGACCCUCUUUUAAGAUGGUCAGUCAUUUCAAAUGCAACCCUUUCCUUAAAAAUCACAGGACACUAGGCAGACUGAAGUAUAGAGUGAGAGCUCACAACGGAGCCACCUCACCAGAAAAGGGAGACUUGACAGAUGGAAGAAUUAAGCCUGAGAAUAAUCAUGGCCACCUCAGCAAGCUGCAUGUGAAGCAGGAGGCCCAAGCGGACUUGGCGGCCAUGUCCAGAGAUCACGUCUCGGAGGAAGACAUUGAGAAUUUCACUCGUGUCCAGGAACUUGCUGCUCAGAAAACUGGCUCUCUAACGAACACAGACUUCGUCCGGCGUCCCGCUGUCAUAGAAUUCGGGAAGUACGAGAUCCAGACCUGGUACUCGUCACCGUACCCUCCUGAAUAUUCAAGAUUACAAAAGCUUUAUCUGUGUGAGUUCUGCCUGAAGUAUAUGAGAAGCAAAAACAUUCUCCAGAGACACACAAAGAAGUGCGGGUGGUUUCACCCUCCCGCCACCGAAAUCUACAGAAAGGACAACCUUUCCGUGUUUGAGGUUGAUGGAAAUGUCAGCAAACUCUUCUGCCAAAACCUCUGCCUGUUAGCCAAGCUUUUCCUGGAUCACAAGACCUUGUAUUAUGAUGUGGAGCCUUUCCUCUUCUACAUACUUACGAAGAAUGAUGAGAAAGGCUGUCAUCUUGUGGGCUAUUUCUCCAAGGAAAAGCUUUGCCAGCAGAAGUACAAUGUCUCCUGCAUAAUGAUUAUGCCUCAGUACCAAAGGCAAGGAUUUGGAAGGUUCCUCAUUGAUUUCAGUUACCUCCUCACCAGACAAGAAGGACAAGCUGGCUCCCCAGAGAAGCCGCUGUCAGAACUGGGUCGCUUAUCCUACCUGGCAUAUUGGAAAAGUGUCAUGCUGGAGCACCUUUAUAAGCACCCAGAUAAACACAUCAGCGUUAAAGGAAUCAGCAGGGCCACUGGGAUGUGUCCACAUGACAUCGCCGCCACUCUCCAGCAGCUUGGCAUGAUUGACAGACGGGACGGCAGGACUGUGUUGGUCAGAAGAGAGAGGCUGAUUCAGAGGCACAUGGAGAGGCUGAGGGCUAACCCGCGCAAGAAUGAGGUGGACCCGGACUCCCUGCGCUGGACUCCCUCCACCACUCUGAACGCUGUCCUGUCUGAGGAAGAAAGGGAGGCAGAGAUGGAUGCCGAGCGGCUGAAGGAGCAGGCCAGCUGCUGGGAGAAGGAGGAGAGGGAGGGCUACAUGAUGACUCAUGGAAGCAGGCAACCUCUCACCAAGGUCCACUGCAAGAUUCCCUACAGGACCUACGAGCGCCGGCCGGCCCCUCCGUGGUCCAGGCGUGUCCAGCGACCAGAGGUUGUGAGCGACGCUGACGACGACUCCGAUGGCUCACCACCCAUCCUGACAAAAGCUCACGAAUUGCUUUCACCCAAGAGAAAGAGCUCAGUGGUUCUUAAGAAGCGAGGGCGUAAAAGGAAGCGAAUCAACAGCAGCGUAACGACAGAAACAAUCUCUGAGACGACCGAGGUUUUGAACGAACCAUUUGACAACUCGGAGGAUGAGCGUCCAAUGCCCCGGUUGGAGCACACCUCCAGGAUGAGAGAGAUGGAGGAUGACGAAGACGAUGAUGAUGAGGAGGAGGAAGAGAUGCAAAAGUACAAGAUAUCAGCUUUACCAUUGAAACGGCGAAGAGGCCGUCCAAGGCUAGAAAAAAAUACACGCAAAGACAAUCUUGAGCGCUGGAAUGAAGGACCUGAACUGGUUUCAAAGAGAUCCAGCAGACCCCGUCCAGUGAAACGGAAGAAAGGCUGGCCCAAGGGGGUCAAACGCGGUCCUCCUAAAUGGAGGCUCAAGAACAGCUUCAAGCUGAAUCUCUACACGCCACCGGAAACACCCAUGGAGGCAGAGCAGCACCACAUUCGCACUGAGGAAACAAAACACAUACCGGACCAGGAGUCAUUCAGCGGCGACGAGGACACAAAAGCAGGAGGAUCCUUGGACAGUCCAGAUUUAAUGCAGGAGCGGCUCCACUCAGAGCCCCCAAGUCCUGCUGAUCAUGGCUCCCAGACUUCAAGCUCCCCUGAAGGGUCACCAGUUGCUUCGCCAGCGUGUUCACCUGCUCUUUCUGUUGAGGCUCCCUCCCCGCAGCCUGAGGACAGAACUGACUCACCGGAACCGCCAGGGGAUGACAAGCAGGAUAGCGGUCAUGAUCCUGACUCUCCAGCCAAAGACAUGGAGGACAGUUCUGAGAGGGCUGCAUCGCCAGAGAACAGCAACGAAGAAAGUUACGAGGAGGAGCAGAGAGCUCGGAUAGAGGAUCAGAAUGCUGAUGAUGAAGAUGAACGUCACAGCAAGAAGGAGGCGCCUGAGGGCGGCACAGAAGAAUCAGAGCAAAGUUCGAAAGACGCACCAAAUGUCACUCAGGCUUUUUUAGAUACAAAAGAAGAUGACAGCUCUGAACUAAGUCAGCAGGUCUCCAAAGAAUCCUGCAAUGAAGAGGUACUGGUUAGUGCUGGAGAAAAACUACAGGAUGCAACGCCAGAAACUAUGGCAGAAACUUCACCUCCUGCAGCAGUAGCGGUCGCUUCCAUAGCUCCACCAGACUCUGAUAACCCAGCAGACUCUGAAUCUGAGGAGGAAAGCGCACCCAGCCCUGGUCCAAACCACCCACCUCUUCCACCCUUAGGAAGGUCCGCGCUCAGCCCCGUGCUGAGAGAGAAUCCCCCCGUCUGCACAGAGUUUGACUCAGAGACGGUCCAAGCUGUUCAGUCGCUGACGCAGGAAAGCGAGGGAGAGACGGUGUUCCAGGACUGCGCCGAGAGCCAAGAACCCUGCAGGAAUCUGCAGACCUACGCCCACGUGGCGCAAAGCCCUCAGCUCACUCCGCUUGACGACUGCCCUCAGUCGGACCACAGCAGCCCCCUCUCCUCCGCGCAGUCCCAUCCCAGCCAGUCUGUACGCUCCGUCAGCAGCCCGGCUGUCUCCAUCCUGGAGAGCGGCUACACACAGAUAAGCCCAGACCACAGCGCCAUAUCGGUGCCCUCGCUCCACAAUAUGGAGACCAGCCCCAUGAUGGACGUGCCAUCGGUGUCAGAUCACUCACAGCAGGUUGUGGACAGCGGAUUCAGCGACCUAGGGAGUAUUGAGAGCACCACGGAGAAUUACGAGAAUCCCAGCAGCUAUGACUCCACCAUGGGGGGCAGCAUCUGUGGCACGGGCCCCUCCCAGAACAGCUGCUCGUACGGCACCAUCCCCCCUAGCAGCUGCGCCGUGAGCCAGCAAAUGGCAGCCGUCAACCCUGGUGGCUGCGGGAUGAUUCAGCAGAAUAGCCUGAGCUCGCCACCACACUGCGGCGUCAAGUCGCCACAGGGCUGCGUGGUGGUGGAGAGGCCCCCCAGUAACUCCCAGCACAACCAGCACAGCCAACACAGCCAGCGCAGCCAACACAGUCAACACAGCAGGCAUGGCCCGCCACACAAUCAGCACAGCCAACACAAUCAGCACGCCCCACACAAUCAGCUCAGUCAACACAGCCAGCACAGCCACCACCACAAUCACCACCCGCAGCACAAUCAGCUCAGCCAGCACAAUCAGCACACUCAGCACGCCCUCCACAGCCAGCAACAGCCUCCCAUGGCCCAGUGCUCCAUCCCUCCCAACUUCACCACCACCAUGCAGCUGGCGGACAUCCCCGAGUCUGGCAACCCCAACUUUGCCCUCUAUGAGAGAAUCAACCCUCAGGGGGAGUACGGCAGCGGGCAUUACCCCCAGUCGUCGGGCCUCAGCCUAGCCAAGCUGCAGCAGUUCACCAACACGUUCAUCGACCACCCGCACUCCAAUCCGUUCAACCACGCAGCCCCACACCCCAUCACGUCGUACGCAAACAAUCCUUCGCUGUCAUCGCAGCACUCCAGCUUGGUGUCCUUACCCCAGAAUCCUCACAGAGUCCCCAACCCGCAGGUGCAGGCCACCAUGACCCCGCCCCCAAAUCUGAGCUCCCCAUCAUCCAUGAUGCUGCAGCCCAACAUGGGCAUCUCUCGCUCGCAGCGCGUGCCCCACCUGCCCCACAUGCCAUCGAAGAGCCACGUCUCGGCGCGCUCCAAGUCGGCGCCGCUGUCCCACAACCACCAGCAGCAGAUGUAUGCCCGACCGCCGCAGGCCGUCGCCAUGCAGGCGCCGUCCAGGACCCUGGCCGCCAUGCCGCGCAUGAACAUGAGCAUGAACAUUAUGCCAGCACCGGGCUACAAUGUCAAUUCAAUGAACAUGCCCUCCCUCAACGCCAUGAACGGCUAUGGCAUGAGCCAGCCCAUGAUGAACAGUGGCUACCCUGGCAACCACGCCUAUAUGAACCAGUCACCCCAGUACUCUAUGCAGAUGGGCAUGAUGGGAACGCAGCCAUACCCCCAGCAGUCCAUGCAGGCUCCGCCACAUGGCAACAUGGUGUACCCUCCAGCUGGUCACCAUGGUUACAUGAACACGGGCAUGUCCAAACAGUCCCUGAAAGGUCCCUUAAUCAGGCGGUAACUCUCCGCAGGACAGAGCUGCUUCUUCUCCUGUGCAUUUGGCUGUUUUUAAAGAUGCACUGAUUAGGCCUUGCUUUCUUCUUCUUCUUUUUUUGUUUUUGGUGUCUUUUUGUUUUCGUUUUUCUUAUGUUUGUUACUUAAAAAAAACCAGCAGCAGCACUUGUAAAGAAUGCAAAAACUUUCAUCCGUGAGGUAACUUUUAAAGCUAACAUUAAAAAGUAUUUUUGUUCCUCCAGAUGGGAAGCCUUACAUCAUUAAGAUGAAAAUCUAUUUAAUUAGUGUUAGUGUCUCUGAUGUGUCUUUAGGCCAGGCGGGUUCGGAGCUCAGUCGUAGAAGUUUCAUCAGUGUAGCAGCCUCAAAUGAAGCCAUUUAAUGCGCCUGCUGCAAGUGGAAAUAGUGGCUGUUCAGUGUACCUGUCUAACAGUGCUGACAAUUAGUUUGUACUAUACUCAUGCCUUUGUAUAUUUAAAUUAUUGUACUUAUUUUGUAAAGUGAUAAAACGCAUGCUUCAGUCUCUGUUAGUGACAGUGCAUUGAGUAGUACUGUACAAGUGUUGUGCUUAAUAGCAAGCCAUUUAAAAAAAUAUAUGGCCUUUAUUAGGUUUCCCUUCACAGGGAGAAAGAUGAAACUAUAUUUUAUUAAAUCUAAUAAUGUAAAAAAAUGUAAACUUUAGUCUUCUGUUUUUCUGUUUGGUUUGAGAGGUUUUAUUGCGAUGUAUGUAUAAUUUUGAAGCCUUUUGUAACAGAUCUCCUCAAGGCAGCUUUCUGUUUAAUAAAACAGACUGAUUUCUGUCAAAAAAUAACAAAGCAUAUCUCAGUGUUUGUACCCUGAAAAAGAAAAAAAAAAAAAUUCUAAAACAUUUCAAAGUGUCCCGAAGUGUGGCAGAAUUUAAAAAGAACUAAAUGAUUAUAAUGAUGAAAUAACAAUAAAGAUGAUAUAAAUUUAGUCCAAAGUUGAUAUUUUACAUAAUGCCUUUAAAGCUACGUUUUCAUUCCAUGUGUAGAUUUGUUUUCUAUCUUUAUAAAACAUUGGAUUUAUAUUUUACCGAAUUGUAGAAGAAUAGAGCCUGUGAAUAGACCAAACUAAGCUAAUGGAUUGCAUGUAAAACGCAACUUGUACUUGUGUUUUUGUUAAUAUUGCUCUUUUGUAGCCUUUGUACCUGUACAGAGUUGCUGGUAAGAACGGGGGGAAAUAUCUGGCUAUGUGCACUCAAAUCGAACAGAAUGACAUUCUUGUAUUUAUGACUUUUCUCCUUUUGUCAGUCACUUAAAAUGCUGUACAUUUUAGCAUAAGAAUAAAUUAUGAUUGACCAUGUA